CAUCCUAUUUGAAACUACUUCUAUUUUUGCCUAUAAAAAGAGGCCAACAAGAAGAUUUUCGUGCAAAUUCAAGGUUUCUCAUGGCUAUGUUACCCACCAAACGCUUCCUUCUCCUUGCUCUUCUCUUGCUUUGUUUCCUUUCCAUUAAUGCUACAGCCAGAAGUUUAAGAGAGACUAAGGAUGAAUUAGCUCCAGUUUCUGCAGAAAAGAGCUAUGAAAAUCAGUUUAAGGUAAAUCAAGGAGGGCAACAGGAACAAGACACUGGUGACUUGACAACAAUGGACUACACUCCUGCAAAAAAGAACCCUCCAAUUCAUAAUUAGUUCUUAGUUUCUUUUAUUUUCAGUUUUGUAAGAAAGAGCGUACAAUUGCUUUUCUUGGAUUCUGAACUUUGAUGAAACUAGCAAGUUCCCUAGUUGUUUUGAUCAAGCAGUAGUAGAUGCAUGAAGUUAGAACUAUGUAAAUAGUUUUUGAGCUAAGGGGGGCAUAGAGUUGAUAGAAUUUGCAGAGGUGAGAAUCAUAAAGAACACAGAUGCAUAAUAUAUUCAUCUUGUCUUUUCCAUUCUCAAACAAUCAAGUUGGUGUAAGCAAUUUGAAAGAGUAACCACGAUGAAGAUUUAAUAAACUAUUGAAACUUCAAUCUA